UUUUCACUUCCGCUCAGCGUAACUACAACGUCGGACUGAAGCUUUUACACAGAUCUUGGUGAAGAUGGCUGAAGAGUGGUUGAGCAGUAGCCUGAAACUCUGUCAGCUGACAACUAGUCCAAAUACUGAGACCUCUCAUGUCUGGGAUCCAGUGGAAGCAAGCUUUAACACCCAGUCAUACCCUCAACCUGAUUAUGACCAGUCAUCUAUUUUCACGACACUGGAGGCAUACAGCAGUGCCUUGGAUGAGACACAGGCUAGAAGAUCAGAUGUUGAGAAUCUAAAACCCAAGCCAGUAGAGGCAGACAUUAUUCACCAAUUUGCUGACAUGUUAGCUGUAGAUAUAUUGGAUGCUACAGUGAGGAGAAGAGGCACUCAAUUCAAUACUGACAGAAUGGAAAUCACUGAUGUGCCUGAAACAACCAAAUGGACAAUUAGUGACCAGGAAACGCUUGCUAAGAAGUUAGCGUCUGAGAUCUUUGAGAGUGCACUGGAGGAGUUAGCCCAGCACAGUGGCCUCACAGGUGGAAGAAGUGAAUUUUUGCAAGAACAGAUCAGUGAGAAAGAUCUCCACUGUGACCCAUAUUCAUCCAUGCACUGCUGUGACCAUGAAGAGCCUGACAUGGAAGUCGAUUAUUCCAAGAUGGAAGAAAAUGAAAGCAAACAACCUCAUGAGAGGCUUUUCAACGAUCCAGGUUCUAGAGCCCAGGGUCACUCUGAAUCAGACUUCACUGCAGCAUACUCUAACACACUGAGUGAUAUGGCUAACAUGGGCUCUCUUGACUACCCUGAUGCUCCACCAAGCACCCCGUUGCUCCCAGAGAUGAUGAAGAGUCGAGCUAGCUUCACUAGGAAGUUGAAAGGAGGAUUAGCAAUGGAGUUCCUACCAUCACCUCCUCCUCCAACCCCAAAAGAUCAGCAGUCUGAAUCCUUAUCUGAGGACAAGAUGACAGAAACGGUCUCGGACAAAUCCGAGUUCAUGGUGCGAUUGAUGCGCUCACUGUCGUUAGCAUGCUCACAGCAUGGAGAAAAGGACACUGAGGGGCAGGAUUCUGGGAUAAUUGGGAUGGAAGAUGAAGGCAAGCCUCAAAACAGGAUUUCCACACUGUCAGACUAUGCAGCCUGGCUGUCUGAGGAUAUCAUCAACUGCAUCACUGCAGCAAAUCCUGACUCCAGAGUAAACAGAGAUGCACCUGUCAGAGAUGUGCAGCUCCUGGCCCACCAUUUGGCUCAGGAGAUCAUUAUAAUGUCUGUAGCGGAGGUGAUGGGAACCAAGAGAGUGGACAGAAAAAACGAGCAAAAUAGUCACAUGUCAAACGUGGUGGAUGGAAUGGCAUCCUGUGUGGAGGCCAGCGUGGAGAAGGCAACCCCACCAUUAGGUGACACUUUACUGCCAAGUUUAAGCCCUCCUGUCCAAGAUAUGGAGGUGCUGAGAGCCUUGGCUGGGAGGCUAAUUGCGCAGACUCUGGUUCAGGCUGUCUCCGAGCUGGAAAAAGGAAUAAUACAACGUGCCACAAGACAACAGCUUCCAGGUGAAGCAUCAGAAGCAGUGCCAUCUGAAGCAAGAAAAGUUCAAGGCCGUGAUUUGUGUCUGAACACCACCACCACCACCAUGUCCAAACAAACCACAAGCACUCAAUGCUGUAAUGGGGAAUCAGUGCAGAACUACAUCAUGUCUGAUUCCAGAACUGUGACGUCAACAGCGGAUUUCUCCUUUGCUGAGAAGAUUGCAUGUGAAGUGCUUAAGUGCUCCAUGCAAGAAGCUUCCAACUCCCUCUCAAGGUCCAAUCAAAUUGCUGUUGAUUCAGAGAGACUCAGUACCUCAGACACUGCUCUGGGUGGCACGGAACAAACUGUUCUGAAGGGCUUUAUUCCUGAUAAGUCGUGUCAAGAUGUUCAAGAGUUACAGUGUAUCCUCCUCUGGGCUGCAGCCUCCCACACCAAUGUCUCAGUUUUACAGCUGGAUGUGUCUGACACUCAUAUUCAGCAACAGCUCUGCAGCCUCUCUCUGAAGGCCCAGUUUCACAGCUGGACUGUUGAGGACCUGCUGGUAUCUGUCCUCCAGUACUGUGAAGAUCCGCAGACCGCCAGCAGAGGGCAGCGUAAGAGUGACAGGUCUCUCCUGGGGCAUCUACUGCUGCUCUGAGUGAGCUAACUUUAGCCUCACACAGUCAAGAAAGACUCUAGAUCUGCAUGGUGGACAGCCUGAAAUAGCCUGCAUUAGAUUUUUGUAAUAGAAGCUUCUUCCAAUGCACUGCACUGCAGAACAUCAGCCCCAAGCGCUUACAGACGGACAUCAGACAUCAACUGCUCACAGCUGAGCGUCAGUCAAGGUUGAAAGCUAAAGCUAUGGAUAAUUCUGGCUAAUGUGAAAUAUGCACCUGAAAUCAACAUGCUGGGAACACUGAACACAUGGCUCGAGCUGAAUCAAGCCUUCUACAGGCCUGCUGGCAGAGCACGAGGCUGACCCUGGAACAAAUUCUCGAACCGUAUGACUUUCACCAUUACACAGCCAGUUGUGGCGCAGUGUAACACCCAUCUGGACACAACUGGGAGGAAACAAGAGUCAAGCGCCAGCAACAUGAUGAACAUCUGCUUGCGACCGCCCACAUAACUCUCACCUUACAUUAAUAUAGAGCGACAGAAUAAGGAUGCAAUACAGAUGGCUGUUCAGACGAGUUCAGACUGACUUCGCUGAUUUUCAGACAUUAAUAUGGAUUGAGGACACGGGCCUGAUCUCAAACUGAAUCAAUCCCAGUCCAUGGUAAAAGGGGUCACCUCCAGCAGCACAGCACCCCAACAACUUGAAUUUUGGAUAUAACCACUCUGUAUUAUGCAAGAAGUGAAGCGUUGUCAACAUCAGCUGUAAUCAAGAAACUCAGUUAAGACAUGCCAUAAAAGCAGCAUUGCUAAAAUACAGCGUGACGCCAUCAUGCUCGGCCUGGUGAUUGAAAGGGCUGUUAUGAAGAGCGCUUUGGAGACUGUAAAAGCAGACUUUUUACAGCAUCCCAUUAAUACUCCCAGAGCACAGAUACCUAACAUGGCAGGAAUGUGCUUUAGUGAACUCUUGCCUCCCACUCUCUCCCACUCUUGGCCACCGCUGCUCAAAUGUAACAGCAACUACACACACUCUCACACACAUACAAACACACACACACACUUUCACUUACACUUACACACUCACUCACACACAUACAUACUCAGGGGUGCUGACAUCGCAGCUGUGGUCCAGAGAAGACACAAUGGGUUUCGGUCCAGCCCUGUUACAGCAUCUGGAGAAGUAUUUGUUCCAGCAUUUAAGGGAGUUACGCUGCCACAAAAGAGAGGAGAAGGAGCAGUAAGAAAACGAGUAAGAAAAUGAAUAAGAAAGGCAGGCCGCAGAUGGACAAAGAGAGAAAAAAAAAAGAAAAAAGAGAGAAGGAUAGGGUGAUUACGACACAGUUUAUGCGUCCAGAGCUGAAUGGAUCGCAGGGGUUCUGGAAAAUCUUCCAGCUCCGAUCCCUCGGCGUCUCCCCAGGGCUGCAACACAUCCAUUUAUUUUUCUCCUUCAAGAGCCAGAAAUAUGCACGGUACACACAAAGACCACCCCCCCCCACCCACUCACUGGCACGGGCCUCGUGGCACCGGGAUUCAUUUAAUACACACAUUCUCUCGCAGCGCCAGUUAAUCAGGGCUCCCAACACACUGCCACACUUCAUUCGGGUCAGCGAUGAUGGAGAACAAGCCUUUGUGUUUGUGUAAUUACAGGUACAGGUGACUGAAAAGAGUCCAAAAGGACCCAUGCAGAGCGAAGAAAAGAAAUAUUACCAAAGUGCAACCAGAGGAUAUUAUAAGGGAGUUCUGUAUGUUUGGCUGCCUGAAGCUAAUUUGCUGCAUAAAGCUGAAAAAAAAGACUUUACACUUUACAUGUGUUGCACGUGUAGUGACUGAGAGCUGCAGACUCCUGCUGCACAGGUUUAUGUGUUCAGGUGAUGAUUAGGCUGUUGAUUUUAAGGCUACGAGAUAUACAAUAUAUACAGAGUUUGUACUGAUUCUUUGUAUUUUUUUUUCCAAAGUAAAUUAAUACAAUUCUUUAAGGAAAUGCAGUCAUAUCUAAGUGUGUUUCUAAUGUAGGUACAUGUUAACAAUCCUUGUAAUAACAGAACUAUCGACUAUUAACUAUAUAUCAUCACUAUAAUAGCAUAACGUACUCUUGUGUGGUUAUACAGUACUAGUCACAAGUUUGGAUGCAACUUCAGUUAUGUGGUUUUUCAUCAUUUAAAUCAUCAUUUCUGCAUAGUAGAUAAAAACAAAAGUCAUCCAAACUAUUAAGAAAAAAAUACCAGAAUAUGUUUUAUAUUUUAGUUACUUCUAAGUAGGAACCUCUUGCUAAGAUGACAGCUUUGCACACUUUAUGAGGUAGAGUCACCUGAUAUAGCUUUCAGUUAACAGCUGUGCUAAACUUGUCAAGAGUUUAUUGCUUGGAUUUCUAGCCUUUUUAAUGUUGUAAAGACGUAAAGUUGGUAUACAGAAAAUAACUCUAUUUGAGUAAUGUUCUAAUCCAUAUUAUGGCAAGAACCACUUAAUUAAACUAAGUCUUAGUUUAUUUAAAAAUUUAAAAGACUAUCAAAUACGUUAUGAUAAAAAUAUGUUAUCUCAUCAGAACUGCCCCAGAAAAAAAAGACCAAGAGUUUCUCUGUUGCACAAGAUAAGUUCAUCAGAGUUACCAGGAGCACUUUGUAGUUCUAUAGGUCCUGUAUCUAUUUAUCUACACACCUUAAUAUCCUCCUUGCAUCCUGUUCUACAAUGAUCAGGACCCCACAGGAUAGACCACCUCAGAGCAGUUAUUACUGUAUUUGGGUGGUGGGUUAUUUUCAGCACUGCUGUGGUGGCGGUGGUGUGUACAUGGUAGUGUAAUACCAUAGUAGUUACAUUGCUAUUGCAUAGACUGUUCACGUGUAAAUACAUAGUUAUUACAGAUACUGACUAUAAAGUGGAAAUUAGUUGUUGAAUAUUUCACAUUGAUGUAUUAUUUGUAAAUCUAUUUGCACUGCCUUGAUUUAUUAGUAUUAAUAUCUCCAUUCAAAUUCUUAAUAUGUAUGCUACCAAUAUAUUUCAAACAUGUUGUACUUGUAAAAUCUAUUCAAAUGAAAUAGAUAUUUCAGAUUAUAAAUGACUUAUUCAUUCAUCCUCCUAAAUGUCUCACCUGUAGAGGUCAAUUUUUAAUAAGAUUUAGGGGUACUAAACUGUGGAAUGGGUUUUCCCUUCAUCAAAAUAAUAAAAAAAAACUUAUCCAUGAAACAUUACAAAAAAUAGUAAAGAGACCAUUUGGAAAAAAAUCCUAAAUAAUAAAACAUUUGUAAAUGUCAGAAUCUUUCGAUUUUAGGGAAAAAAAUCUUCUUAAGAAUGGAAUUGGCAGUUUUAUAAAUGCAAACACAGUUAAAUGUGAAACACUUAAGCAAACAAUAUGUUCAUUUUCACUUCCAUUGAAAUAUAAUGCAUUUCUGUUAUCUUUUUCCUUUAUAUUUCCAUUUGCCUUUUUCAGGAAAGCUUUAGUUUUAUUUGCAUAUGUUCAAUAAGCAUAUUCAUAUGCAUUUCUUUGUCUUAAAUGGGCUAUAUCAAAUAAAUAAAUCAUUAUUUUUC